UCAUAACCGUUUACGUUCACUGGGAAACAUGUCGGCUCCUCAGACAACGACAAAGGAGGCCCCAGACCAAGACGACCCAGAAACACCAACAGAGUCUGUAGCCGCUCCCAGUGACGUUAAAGAAGAUGUUGCAGCCCUCACCAUGUCUGCUUCCAUGUUAGAACCCAAAGUGCUUUCACCGCUGACAUCUAGGAAGCUGGAAAAGGACGCUGCUGAUGAUGGAGAGACGUGGUCGCCUCCUCCUUCGCCGCCGCUGAGCAAACCUGCUGCAGGUCAUGCUGCAAAGUCCAUUUCCUCGAUGUCUCCCUCUGCCUACACGUCGUCCCCGCUGUCUCCUGGCCGAGCCAAGAUGAGCGUCUCUGGGCCGUCCACCAGUAAGGCCAACCUUCCUCCAGCUCCUUCCGCCUCCUCUUCCCCGUCUCCCUCUGCUCCCUCCACUCCCUCCGCCUCUCCAGGCCCACACAAGAUCCACCGGGCCCGGAAGACCAUGAACCGGCCCCCGCUGGGCCAGGUGAGUCACGUUGAUGCUCUGGCUGCGACCACGACGCCAUCAGGAUCCGACUCCGAAACUGCUGCUAAAAAGAGGAAGCUAUCCGAGAGCGCACCGGGGAAAUGUGAAAAAAUCUCAAGCAAGACUCAAGCUGAGGGCGAGCAGCUGUUUCAUAAGAAGGCGGAGUCUGUUACAGAUCAAGCUUUAGCGAAGAGCAAAAACUCUUUGGGGAAGUCUGUUGACGAUGGGGACCAUUUAUCUGCUCUAGAUUCAGAAAAGUUGGAAAAUGGAGGUGAAGAGAAGCAACCAAUUACCAAUACAGAAGAUCAGAGUUUGGAGUCAGAGAGAAAGUCUUCACGGCCGCAGUCGGAUCAGGACAAAGACACUAUCACCAUUGAUUUGGGGGAAACGGAAGAGGCAGAAAGGUCUGCAGAAUACACAGAGGUUCCUUUGGGUGAUUUGGACAUCGCUGCUGCUGACAGUCUGACUCUUUCCCCUCCUGCUGAUGGAAGCGAAGCAGGGGACAUGGAGCGGCUGGAGGAGCUUCCUCUGUGCAGCUGCAGGAUGGAGGCUCCUCGAGUCGACAGCACCAGCCAGCGGGUCAGCAGACAGUGCAUGGCAACAGAAAGCCUCAACGGAGAGCUCCAGGCUUGCACCAACUGGACCAUGAAAGCAGAGACGAUGCGGCCGUCCAGCCGGAUUCCCCUUAUGGUUCUGUGUGACGUCCAUCGCUCCCACAUGGUGAAACACCACUGCUGUCCUGGCUGUGGGUACUUCUGCAUAGCAGGCACUUUUCUGGAAUGCUGCCCGGACCAGCGGAUCGCUCAUCGCUUCCACCGCGGCUGUGUGACCGUACUGAGCGGCGGCCGCAGCAAGGCCAACGGCGGCGGGAUGCUUUUCUGUCCGCACUGUGGGGAAGACGCCUCAGAGGCCCAGGAGAUCAUCAUCCCCUCCUUGGCAUCAACCUCUGCAACCACGGUGGUCACCAUGUCGGCCUCCUCCACAACCACGCCCUCCCUGCCCCCGUCAGCCCCGACGGCACCCUCUCUCACUGCCUCAACAGGAGGGAUGAAGGACGGGAAGAUGCCUGAAAGGCCUGUCAGCGCUCGAAUGCGAAGCCACGGCCUGGCAGCUCCCACAGUGGAGCAGCAGCCUCCUCCGCCCGUCCCCUCAGCCACGACUCUGCCUGCUGUUCCUCCAGCGGAGGAGGGAGUGGACAGCGUGGGACCGUCUCUCUGCAUGCCUAAUGGGAAGUCAGUCAGCCCCAGUGCACUACCACCUGGACCCAGCAGGGCGGCGCUGCAGAAAGCAAUUCUCACACAGGAAACAGAAAGGAGGAAGAAACUGAGGUUCCACCCGCGGCAGCUGUAUCCUGCUGCAAAGCAAGGAGAGGUCCAGCGAGUGCUGCUGAUGCUGAUGGAGGGAAUCGAUCCAACGUACCAGCCUGAGUCUCAGAACCGACGUUCAGCUCUCCACGCUGCAGCCCAGAGAGGCCUGCUGGAGGUCUGCUACAUGCUGAUACAGGCUGGAGCUCAGGUUGAUGCCAAAGACAAAGACCUGAGGACUCCUCUGCUGGAAGCCGUGAUCAAUAAUCACGUUGAUGUGGCUCGUUACCUGAUCCAGAACGGCGCCUGCGUUUAUCAUGUUGAGGAGGAUGGAUACACUGGCCUCCACCACGCAGCCAAGCUGGGGAACCUGGAAAUCGUUAAUAUGCUUCUGGAGACCGGCCAGGUGGACGUAAACGCUCAGGACAACGGUGGUUGGACACCGAUCAUCUGGGCUGCAGAGCACAAACACGUUCAAGUGAUCAAAUCGUUGCUGAACAGAGGAGCCGACGUCUCAAUUAAAGACAAGGAGCUGAACGUGUGUCUCCACUGGGCGGCGUACGCCGGGAACAUCGACAUCGCAGAGCUGGUACUGAACUCCGGCUGCUCCCUAUCCUCGGUUAACGUGCAUGGAGACACGCCGCUGCACAUCGCCGCCAGAGAGGGAUAUCUGGAGUGUGUGACGUUGUUUUUGUCGAGAGGUGCGGACAUCGAUAUCAUGAACAGGGAGGGCGACACGCCGCUCAGCCUCGCCCGGCCCGACACGCCCGUCUGGGUUUCGCUACAGAUCAACAGGAAGCUGCGCAGAGGAAUCGCCAACCGGCUGAUCCGGACAGAGCGAAUCAUCUGCAGUGACGUGGCGCAGGGCUACGAAAACAUACCGAUCCCCUGCGUGAACGCCGUGGACGACGAAGGAUGUCCGUCGGAUUAUAAAUACGUUUCUGAAAACUGCGAGACGUCAGCAAUGAACAUAGAUCGAAACAUCACACACUUACAGCAUUGUAGCUGCACUGACGACUGCUCUUCCAGUAACUGCCUCUGUGGGCAGCUGAGCAUCCGCUGCUGGUAUGACAAGGAUCAACGGCUGCUUCAGGAAUUCAACAAAAUCGAACCUCCUCUCAUCUUCGAAUGCAACAUGGCGUGUUCGUGUUAUCGGACGUGCAAGAACAGAGUCGUCCAAGCGGGAAUAAAAGUCCGCCUGCAGCUGUACAGGACGGAGAAGAUGGGCUGGGGAGUCCGAGCGAUGCAGGACAUUCCUCAGGGCAGCUUCAUCUGCGAAUAUGUGGGAGAGCUGAUCUCUGACGCCGAGGCUGAUGUUCGAGAAGACGACUCCUACUUGUUUGACCUCGACAACAAGGACGGGGAGGUUUACUGCAUAGACGCACGUUACUACGGCAACAUCAGUCGCUUCAUCAACCACCUGUGUGACCCAAACCUCAUCCCGGUGCGCGUGUUCAUGCUGCAUCAGGACCUGCGCUUCCCUCGCAUCGCCUUCUUCAGCUCCAGAGACAUCCUGAGUGGACAGGAACUGGGGUUUGACUACGGCGACCGCUUCUGGGACAUUAAGAGCAAGUACUUCACGUGUCAGUGUGGGUCGGAGAAGUGUAAGCACUCUGCAGAGGCCAUCGCUCUGGAGCAGAGCAGGCUGGCCCGGAUGGACGCCUGCUCGGAAUCGGGAGCCGACUGCGGGAUGACCUUCAUGGGAAACUCUUAAAACACUUAAGCCACCGGGCCUUCGGAUCAAACCCUGCUACGUUUACACGUGCACACAGUCGACUGUAGAAGUGGGGCUUUGACGGUUUUGUGGUGCUGUCAUGUUUUACAUUUUCCUAAAGCUGUCACUUUAUUACGUUCACUAUUGCAGAAAUCAUAACCUUUACAUUUUAAAGGACCAGGCUUUAAACGGUUUUACAAAAUCUACAGAUCUCAUGAUAGUUGUGUGUGUAGUCAUGUUGGUGUUGCAGAAAAUAUACCAGAAACAAACGUUUGUGCUGGAGGCCUUCAUCACCCGCUCAUUUAUAUGUGAAAGUCUUUUAUAUCCGCACUCUUCCUGUUGUGCCAACCAACUCAAGGCUUUGUGGCAAAAACAUGAACAUCAACUGAAGGCCUUUCGGGACUCAUAAAGGAACUUAUUGUGUCCGUUUGUGGAUGGAUGCUUGUGGUAGUUUAAUUGUCUGUAUUAUUUUUUAUACAUGUUGUUUCUUCUGUCACUUGUAGUGAAAUAAAACGGCAAAAGAGUUUA